AUGGCUGCGAGCUUGGAAAAUGGAGCCAAGGAGACCACGCCUGCCAUUUCGAACAGUGGGAGCCAGGGCUUGCUUGCGCAGGACGGCGGCUCGGACAGGGAGCUAGACUUCUACUACAACUCGGACGGCGAACUGAUAAAGCUGGUAGCAGAUGACGAGAAGCCGGAGGAGGACCUCGGGAACCUGGUGUCCGUCGCGGAGCACGCGUGCUCGUACUGCUCGAUAGACUCGCCCAGCUGCGUGGUGAAGUGCAACGCGUGCAACAAGUGGUUCUGCAACUCGAAGAACGGGACGUCCAGCUCACACAUCAUCAACCACUUGGUGUUCUCACACCACAACGUGGUAUCGCUGCACCCGGAGUCUGACCUGGGUGACACUGUGCUUGAGUGCUACAACUGUGGCUGCAGAAACGUGUUCCUGCUGGGGUUUGUGUCGGCCAAGAGCGAAGCCGUUGUGGUGAUCCUCUGCCGCUUGCCCUGUGCGCAGACGAGAAACGUGAACUGGGACACCGACCAGUGGCAGUCGCUGAUAGAAAACAGGCAGCUGCUCAGCUGGGUGGCCGAGGAGCCGAGCGAGGAGGACCAGUUGAAGGCGUGCCUGAUCACCCCGAGCCAGAUCUCUAAGCUGGAGAUGAAGUGGCGCUCGAACAAGGACGCGACAAUCAACGACAUCGACCUGCCCGAGGAGCAGGAGGAACUGCCACCUGUUCUGAUGCGGUACACCGAUGCAUACCAGUACCAGAGAUCGUUCGGUCCUUUGGUGAAGUUGGAAGCAGACUACGACAAGCAGCUGAAGGAGUCGCAGGCACUAGAGCAUAUUUCCGUGACCUGGACACUGGGGUUGAAUAAUCGUCAUCUUGCCUCGUUUGCCCUUUCGACGUUUGAGUCUAACGAGCUCAAGGUCGCUGUAGGCGAUGAGAUGAUUUUGAGAUAUUCUGGUCUCCAACAGGCGGAAUGGGAGGGGCGCGGGUAUAUUCUGCGCUUGCCCAACAGUUUCCAGGAUGAGUUCACUCUGGAACUGAAGCCAAGCAAGGCGCCGCCUCCAACAAACCUGACGACUGGGUUCACUGCCGAAUUCGUUUGGAAGGGUACGUCCUACCAGCGUAUGCAAGAAGCGCUGAAAAAGUUUGCUGUGGACAAGAAGUCCAUCUCAGGUUACCUAUAUUACAAGAUACUAGGACACGAUGUACCAGAUAUCGAGUUCGAAGUCGACCUUCCAAAAGACUUUUCUAUUCCAAAUUUCACGAAGCUCAAUACCUCUCAGGUUAACGCUGUAGCGCAUGUGCUACAGAGACCUCUAUCUCUGAUUCAAGGCCCACCGGGCACUGGUAAAACCGUGACAUCUGCGACGAUUGUAUACCAUUUGUCGAAAAUGCACAAAGAGCGUGUUUUGGUCUGUGCCCCGUCUAACGUCGCUGUCGACCAUCUGGCCGCGAAGCUUCGCGAUAUGGGUCUGAAGGUCGUUCGCCUGACUGCGAAAAGCAGAGAGGACGUUGAAUCGUCUGUUUCAGAUUUAGCUUUGCAUAAUUUGGUUGCUCGUUCGUCAAGAGGCGAGCUCAAGAAGUUGUUAAAGCUUAAGGAUGAAGUUGGCGAGCUUUCUGUAAAGGAUACGAGGUCCUUUGUGAAACUAGUAAGAAAGACAGAGUCUACAAUCUUAAAGAAGGCCGAUGUAGUGUGCUGCACAUGUGUUGGUGCCGGUGACAAGCGGCUGGAUUCUAAAUUUAGAACGGUGCUCAUUGAUGAGAGUACUCAGGCCUCUGAACCCGAAUGCUUGAUCCCCAUAAUUAAGGGUGCAAAGCAAGUUGUGCUGGUAGGCGACCACCAGCAACUGGGACCAGUGAUUUUAGACCGUAACGCAGGUGAUGCAGGCCUCAAGCAGUCGCUAUUCGAACGUUUGAUUUCUCUGGGUCAUGUCCCAAUUAGGCUGGAGGUUCAAUAUCGUAUGAAUCCAUAUUUGAGUGAAUUUCCGAGUAACAUGUUUUAUGAAGGCACUUUGCAGAAUGGAGUUACUGUAGAGCAGCGUACUGUUGUCGAUAGCUCUUUCCCAUGGCCUAUCUGUGAUAUACCAAUGAUGUUCUGGGCCAACUAUGGGAGGGAGGAAAUAUCAGCCAAUGGUACCUCCUAUCUGAAUCGUAUUGAAGCCAUCAACUGUGAACGUAUCAUAACUCGGUUAUUCAAAGAUGGUGUAAAGCCAGAACAGAUAGGUGUUGUGACACCAUACGAAGGUCAGAGAGCAUAUAUCAUUCAGUACAUGCAAAUGAACGGUUCUAUGGACAAGGAUCUGUAUAUGACUGUGGAAGUUGCCUCUGUGGACGCGUUCCAGGGUCGUGAGAAGGAUUACAUCAUUCUGUCUUGUGUUCGUGCGAAUGACCAACAAUCCAUUGGAUUUUUAACUGACCCUAGAAGGUUAAACGUUGCACUCACACGUGCAAAAUAUGGUUUAGCUAUAUUAGGUAACCCAGCCUCACUUUGCAGAAACAGUAUUUGGAAUCAUCUGCUAAUUCAUUUCAGAGAGAAGGGCUGUCUUGUUGAAGGUACGAUGGAUAAUCUCCAACUGUGCACCAUGCAGUUAACCAGGUCAAAGAAUGUAAAUUCCAAUUCAGAUUCUCGCCAGAAGAAUACCAAGUGGCAUUUAGAGAGCAAUCUGCCCCUUCCUGAAUUCCCAAUUUCUAAUAAUAGAGAGUUUGAUUCUCAGAAUUUAAUGUCUUUCGGUGGCCAAGGAUCAAACAUAUUCGCUCCAAGCAGUGACCUUUCUUCUUUUAUGAACAGUAAUCAGCAAUAUUGGAAUGCACCUGGUCCAGAACUUGGUCUACCUGCGAAAGAACGUGAUUCUGAGCAGAGAGGCUAUACAUCAUCAAACGUAGGAUUGGACGCCACGUUAGCCCGAGAGCUGCAACAAUUUACGGCCAGUUCACUUGGUUAUGAGGCUAAUCAAGAUAGUACCGGCACAGCUCAAUUCAAGGCUUUGAAUUCUUUUCAAAAUCUGAAUAUCCAUGGGUAA